CUUGGAUCAACACAUUUUUCGCUUACCGUAAUACCCGCGAACCAACCUGUUCUACUGGGCCAGAAGGUCAUUCUGACAUGUCAGGUCAAAGGUUUCAAACGUCCGCUUGACUAUGCUGUCUUGUUCAAACGUAAGGAUGUGGGGAUUUCGGAGAAAUGCCAAACGUACCAGAAAAACAAAUAUCACUUGGAAUGUGAGCCGAACAACUGGCUUCAAGCAACCACUUACAAAUUGUACAUAAAUUCGGUUUCUUGGGCAGAUCGAGGCGAUUGGUUCUGUGUAUAUGCGGCCAAUCUGACUCGACAACAUUUGGUGGUCCAUGCACCGGCCGAGUUGAAGAAAAUGGCGGUUACAAGUCUACCAUUCAAUCCACUCAAAAGCGAAAACGAUCGAAUAACCCCGGUGGAUGGAUCUCCUGUAUUGGCCAAGCUAUCAAAGUCUUCAUCAUCCUCAACCGUAUCCGGUACCCCGGGUCAACCACCCGCCCAGCACGUUGGUCUCGGGACACGGACGAACCCUUAUGACCUGCGACCAGGAUUAGGGCUUCAACUAACUUGUGAGACUACCUGCGGCUAUCCGGAAGCGAACAUAUCGUGGCUGCUGUUGAAUGAGACCGCCAGUCGAGUGGGCACCACCAUAGCUGGACCGAAUCGAAUCCGCUCGGAGACGUGUGAUUUGUCCCCCUCUACACAGGAUAUGACAACGACGACGUCCACGUUAAAUGUCAAUUGUGUUGAACUAGGUCUUAUUGGAUUGAAUGAAGUUCAGUGUGCGGUCACCGGACGUCAGUACAUUGAUCACACCCCGACACGACACGUCUACGUUCUUUGUCCGGACCAAUUUGAGCUGGACGGGCAGCGUGCCUUGCUUAGUGGACAGAAGAAAGGGCGUCAACGUGGAGAACGUCCGCUACAGCUGACCAAUGGAGAAGUUGUUGGAAUCGCUGUGGGGGCUGCAAUCGCUCUAAUUCUUCUAUUCCUCGGCUGCAUCAUUCUUAGGGCCAGUCGGAAAGACUCUCCAUUACCGUUCAAUCCCAACUACUUCCCAGGUCAACGGGUGUAGCACACAAACACGGAAAAAGUAGAAUAUGUGUGCAGACUUAUCUCGUCUUGUCGAUGGAUUCUGCCCCGGCCAACAUGUGGCUUCAUGUAUAGACUGCAGUUUGUACAGAACUAUGCAACUUUUUUCAUUGUUCACUUCGACAUCCGCGCUCCCCUUCCCGUGUCUCAAUCCAUCCCAGUACUGGUUUCAGUGAUCUCCAUAACGAAUGUACAACAUUUGCAUAAUAUUUUCAUUUGCUUUUGCUUAUCUCCAGUUCGAAUCUACACUCCCUCUGACCUUUGUAUUUUAUGUCCAUUUUAGCAGCAUUUCG